AAUCCGCCAUUUUUACGCUUACAGCGUUGCAUAUGCCGAGUGGUCGUCGACUAUUUGUAGUUCUUUUAUUAUACUUAACAAGCUAAUUAUUAUAAAAUGCUAACGCGCUUUAAAAUCAAUUAAACGAGGUUGAACAGCAUUUCAAUAGCAUAUAAAGUUCAUGUUAACUUUUUGUAAGUAAGUUACGCAUGCCGCCAAAUAAAGUUGGCCAAAGAAUUGUGGAGUCAAUAUAGCAAAAACGAAGAGAGAGAGAGGAAAAUAACAAACCGCAGGCGAGAAAGUGAGUGGAAAACAUGAGUUUUUCCAGCGACGAGGUGAACUUUUUAGUUUUCCGAUAUCUACAGGAGUCAGGUUUUCUACACUCGGCUUAUGUGUUUGGCAUUGAAUCGCACAUUUCGCAGAGCAAUCUGAAUGGCGCUCUUGUGCCGCCCGCCGCCCUGCUCACCAUACUGCAGAAGGGUCUGCUCUACACCGAGGUGGAAUGGAGCGUCGGCGAAGAUGGCGAAAUGGCGCGUCCCAUUGAGGGAUUGAGUCUUAUAGAUGCCGUUAUGCCCGAACUGAAGCCUCUGAAGCCGACAGUGAAAACGGAACCGGGUAAAACGGCUGGUGGCAUCGAUGCCACUGGCGGCACAGCGGCAAAUACAAAAACCGAGAUUAAAAUCGAGCCAGGCACGGCAAAUGCAACGGGAGCAGCAACGGGAGCAACUGGAGCAGCAGCAGGAGGUGGAGGAGCUGCCAACAAGAGUGGCAAUACAAACACUGGCAACGGCACAAGCAGCAGCAACAACAACAACAAUGCCAGCGACAACAGUGAGGUGGAUUCC